AUGAUGCUCCAAACCAAUGUUGAUGAUUCCAUCAUUCAAGCCUUCCAAAGCAUGAAGAUGGGUAAAGGUUCCUACAAGGAUCACAAAAUGCUCGUUCUUGAAAUGAAGGAAAAGGGAAUGCAAAUCGAUGAAGAACUCUCCAAUGCAACCUCCUUGGAAGAAUUAUCUGAAAAACUUCCCAAUGACCAUACUCGUUACAUUUGCUAUCAUUUGCAUUUCGAGAAACCUGCUUCUUCAAGUUUACCUGAUACUGCCUCUGAAGGUUUGAGAAGUAAGAUUAUCUUUAUCGUUUGGUGUCCAAGUAAAGUGUCAGUGAAAGAGAAAUUCCAAGUCGCUGCAACCAGUAAGACAGUCAAGGACAAGUUGAAUGGAAUCUUUGUGACUCAUCAUGCUUCUUCAAAGAAUGAUCUUGAAGAGGGACCCAUGAUUGAGAGAUGUUUGGCUAUUAUGAAAGAACACACUAAACAUUCUUGA